CCCAGUGAUGUGUCCCCCUCCACAAGCCUCCCUCCUCUGGUUGAGGGUCAGCUGCGAUGCUUUCUACGAGUGACAGUAAGCAGAGUUUUAUGGACAGUCCCCAAGCCUUUCCCGACAACUUUUAUCAGAUUGCGCUGGUGGGGAGAGUCGUCCAUUGGGACCCAGUUCAAACCACGGGAUGCGUCACAAACGGCACAGAAGACCGUGAAGUCCACAGCUCGCUUUCCCAUCCGAUGUGGACCGAAGCAGUUCACAUCCUACUUAACAGGUAACUCUUGCAUGCAUGGUAUGCCACAUUGUGUGAUCCAAGCUGGCUUCAAAAUAUUCAAAUGACCUGAUGUUGAUUUUCCCUAAAUGUGUUGUCUGUAUUACAGAUAUGGGCUCUCUGGUGCUGGAGGUGCUGACAAAGCCAGAACACCUGCCAAUUGCUCGUGCUCAGGUUGCUGGGAUUUCUCGUCUCUCUCUGUCACACUCCAUCAGUGGGUUCUUCACUCUGGUGUCUCCAACGUCUGAGAAGCUUGGAGAAUUACAGGUAGGGAGGCAGCAACCCAAUUGAAAAUGUGUUAUUUAAUUCUGAUAGAUGCUUUGUGGUUUAUCUUGCGUUUCCCAAAUUCUCUGUUAAAAGGCAUCUGUGAAUUGGAUGAGUCUAUAUACAGAUUGUUCUUGAUUAACCUUUUUUCCAGGUAUCGCUUGCUCUGGAGGCCCUGACUGAAACAUACGACAGCAGCUGCUCAGUUCCCACCACAGACAUGAGUAUCGAAACGGCUAUGUCUGCAUUCGGGUCCACAUUGAAGCCAGCAUCUCAGCCAAACAUUCUGGUGGUGCCCUCCUUGUCCAGACCACUCUCUGUCAACAGUGGGAAAGAAUCAGGGAGCAAUACGCCAAGGUAGACAUAGUCUACCUAAUCUUAUAGACCUACUUUCUGUUCAAGCAGCUUCUCUCUCUCGUUUUUCAGUGAUGCUUUCAUGCUUUUGUAAUAUUUUCAGAGGGAAAGACCAUUUGUACUUCCAAAAUGCCAGGACGGAAAAAAAGACUGACGUGGCACUUGAGAACCAAAAGCCAACAUAUAGUAGAUCUCAACAUGGACAGGGAGUGGCAAAUCCCACAGUGCAGGAAUCGCCUCACGGACAGGCUGCCAACGACAUACUCUCAGGUUGUAGCCUACUACAGCAUCAGGAUGUACAUACUGUAAAAGGGAUCAUAUAUUUGUACAAUAGAGAAACUGUCUAUCUUCUGCUAACAUCCCUACUGUAUCCUUUCCUGUUUUAGUUCUUUUAGAGCGUGGAAGCAAGCUUAGAAAUGCCAUGGUGGUAUCAGCUUUAAAGUCUGACAUGAACACUGAACUGGCUUUAAAAGACACUCCUCUACCUCUUCCAAAGGACAACAUAGGAGCACCACCAAUGUUAGUAUUAAACUGAGAUCAGGGGCCAUAUGUUUCAAGCUUCUCAGAAUACAUAGGAGUGCUGAUUUAAGAUCAGUUUUGCCCUUUAAAUCAUAAGGCAUGAGACUACAUGGAUAGGGGGGAUCUGAUCCUACAUCAGUGCACAUACUCUGAGAUGCUUGAUACAUAUGGCUCCAGGCCUUUUAAAAAUCUCUCUCAUAGAUGUAUGAAUGGCUUAGGGAACUCGUCUUGUUUUUGUUUCUCUAGGCCGUCCAUUCCUCCCUGUGGAAGGCUACUGCAGAACAUUCUGCAUGCUGACUCCAAUCUCCUGCAGUCUCCCCACAGUCCCCCAGACUACCUCAGCCCAGACUGUACUGCUGCUGACACUGAGAACAGGGCAGUGGAUCUGCUGCUGGGCAGGUAGCCUUACCUUACCCCCAUCUUAGCAUAUGAAGAAACAAACAAAACUGUGUCUUUACCUAGUAACUCUACCCACAUGUACAUAUUACCUCGACUAACCGGUGCCCCCGCACAUUAUAAUAUAAUAAUAUAAUAAUAAUAUAAGAUGCCAUUUAGCAGACGCUUUUAUCCAAAGCGACUUACAGUCAUGCGUGCAUACAUUUUUUGUGUAUGGGUGGUCCCGGGGAUCGAACCCACUACCUUGGCGUUACAAGCGCCGUGCUCUACCAGCUGAGCUACAGAGGACCACAUUGACUCUGUACCGGUACCCCCUGUAUAUAGCCUCCCUACUGUUAUUUUAAUUUACUGCUGCUCUUCAAUUAUUUUUAUUUUUUAUUUUUUACUUAACACUUUUUUUCUUAAAACUGCAUUGUUGGUUAAGGGCUUGUAAGUAAGCAUUUCACUGUAAGGUCUACACCUGUUGUAUUCGGCGCUUGUGGCAAAUAACAUUUGAUUUGAUUUAAUUGGUAUCAAGUUGGUUAUACGUUGUAGCUGUAUAAGUAACUGUGCAGUAUAGUUGUAUAAGUAACUAUGUGUGUUGUGUUCUCUCUCCUCUUGUUAGUUUGAACGGAUCUGCUCUCCCUAUCUGGGAUGGAGAGGGCUCUCCUCCUGAUUCUUUCCUCAGUGUGUAUGGAGACAGUGAACUCAAUGACCCACAGUAUGACCAGAGCCUGCUAGAGAACCUCUUCUACAAAGCUCCUGUGAGUGUCUGCCAUUAGUCAGUAACGCUAGUCCUCUGUUUACCAAGGAAACAAUAGGUGGCCAUCUGCACUUUUUUAUAGUCCUUAAUACAAAAUGUUGUCAGUUAUAGGUGCAUAAGUUUGAAAAAGCAGGAUCAUGGAAAAUAUGAUAUUAAAUAUUACCAUAGAUGUUUACGUUGGCAAUACUGUAGCCUUUAGGGUCACUAUUUUACCUCUGUGUCCUUCAGAUGUGUAACAACGGUCCAAGUGAUGACGACAAGGCUGGUCCUUCUCCAAAGAAGAAUCUCAAGAAGAGUGGUGAUGGUGAAGAGCUGAGGCACUCUGGUCCAAAGAAAAGUGGAGGGUCAGUUAUCCUCAUUUAUGCUGUUGUCUCUACUGGUGUCUCUGUCUUUACUUUCUAAAGAUAUAUUGAAGAUUUCAAAAUGUCGUAAGUCAUUGUACAGUAAUGAACCUUCUAUGUCAGCCUGGACUUAGAAGAUGUGCAGAAUCCAGGGACUGAGGAUAUGCUUCCUGGGCUGAGUAUGGAUCAGCUCACUGUCCUAGGUGGGGUUCGGUUGGCCAGAGUGGUGAUCCACUCCCUGACUGUGCCUCCAGACAGCACCACCACCACACCUAGGAAGAUCUCUGGCAAAGGGAAACCUCCUCGACCCCUCUCUUCUAAGAAAUGGUAUGCACCAUAAUGAAACAUGCCAAUGGGCACAUUCGUUUUGCAUCACUUGGUUCCCUGGCUGAGUGGAGAUUUCACUUUAGGAUGCAAAGCUAACACGCCCAAUGUUUAAUAUGUUUGUCUCGCCUUUUGUUUGAUUACCAUUAUAAUACAGAAGUCCUAUGUCCUAAUAGGGGCGGCAGGUAGCUUAGUGGUUAAGAGCGUUGUGCCAGUAACCGAAAGGUCGCUGGUUCUAAUCCCCGAGCCGACUAGGUGAAAAAUCUGUCGAUGUGCCCUUGAGCAAGGCACUUAACCCUAAUUGCUCCUGUAAGUCGCUCUGGAUAAGAGCGUCUGCUAAAUUACCAAUUUAUUUAUUUUAUUAUAUGUCUGCUCCUGCUACAUGUCAGUCUCUCUUUUCAUAGCUCCUAUUUUGUGGAGUACCUGUUCCCCGUAGCUUCCAGCAGGCAUGAUCCUAGUCAGGCCAUGGCAGCAGAGGUGACACAAGUCUUCUCUAGUAAAGUUACAGGAGGAGGUAAGACUUUUCACAUUGUCAAAGAUUGUGUCCCUUAUGGCACCCUAUUCCCUAUAUAGUGCACUACUUUUGGUGCCAUUUAGGACGCAUGCCCAUUUCUUUAGCAUUAUCAGAGAGUUUGAUAUUACAUUUUGUAUUGUGCAUUAUUAGGAAUGAUAACAUGAAGGUUUUGUUAAAGAUGUCUGUCUCACUCUGCAUUGUAGUGGUGAACUUCCAGCGGCGAGGUGUGUUUCCUGUCCACUUCAGUGGGUCAACUAUUAAGCAGUGGUGGGGAACAGAACUCUCAUUUAACAUCUACUCCAGGAAAAGCUCCCAGAAGAAAGUAUGUGGACACUUGUAUGACAACAAAAAUCGACUCUCUUUUAUGUUUUAUUGUACAGUAACCAAGUCUCUGUGCUGCUUUACCAAAGUUAUGUGCAGUGCAUUCGGAAGGUAUUCAGACCCCUUGACUUUUACAGCCUUAUUCUAAAAUGGAUUAAAAAUAUAUACACUACCAUUCAAAAGUUUGGGGUCACUUAGAAAUGUCCUUGUUUUCGAAAGAAAAGCAUUUUUUUUGUCCAUUAAAAUAACAUCAAAUUGAUCAGAAAUACAGUGUAGACAUUGUUAAUGUUGUAAAUGGCUAUUGUAGCUGGAAACGGCUGAUUGUACUCCUGUAGCUGGAAACGGCUGAUUGUACUCCUGAGUGGCGCAGUGGUCUAAGGCACUGCAUCGCAGUGCUAACUGUGCCACUAGAGAUCCUGGUUCGAAUCCAGGCUCUGUCGCAGCCGGCCGCGACCGGGAGACUCAUGGGCGGCGCACAAUUGGCCCAGCGUCGUCCAGGGUAGGGGAGGGAAUGGCCGGCAGGGAUGUAGCUCAGUUGAUAGAGCAUGGCGUUUGCAACGCCAGGGUUGUGGGUUCGAUUCCCACGGGGGGCCAAUGUAAAAAAAAUAUGUAUUCACUAACUGUAAGUCGCUCUGGAUAAGAGCGUCUGCUAAAUGACUAAAAUGUAAUGUAAAUGUAAAUUUGUAAUGGAAUAUCUACAUAGAGGCCCAUUAUCUACAGAGGCCCAUUAUCAGCAACCAUCAGUCCUGUGUUCCAAUGGCACGUUGUUUGCUAAUCCAAGUUUAUCAUUUUAAAAGGCUAACUGAUCAUUAGAAAACCAUUUUGCAAUUAUGUUAGCACAGCUGAAAACUGUUGUGCUGAUUUAAAGAAGCAAUAAAACUGGCCGCCUUGAGACUAGUUGAGUAUCUGGAGCAUCAGCAAUUGUGGGUUCGAUUACAGCCUCAAAAUUGCCAGAAACAAAUAACUUUCUUCUGAAACUCGUCAGUCUAUUCUUGUUUUGAGGAAUGAAGGCUAUUCCAUGCGAGAAAUUGCCAAGAAACUGAAGAUCUCGUACAACGCUGUGUACUACUCCCUUCACAGAACAGCGCAAACUGUCUCUAACCAGAAUAGAAAGAGGAGUGGGAGGCCCCGGUGCACAACUGAGCGAGAGGACAAAUACAUUAGUGUCUAGUUUGAGAAACGGAUGCCUCACAGGUCCUCAACUGGCAGCUUCAUUAAAUAGUACCCGCAAAACACCAGUCUCAACGUCAACAGUGAAGAGGCGACUCUGGGAUGCUGACCUUCUAGGCAGAGUUGCAAAGAAAAAGCCAUAUCUCAGACUGGCCAAUAAAAAUAAAAGAUUAAGAUGGGCAAAAGAACACAGACUGGACAGAGGAAGAUUGGAAAAAAGUGUUAUGGACAGACAAAUCGAAGUUUGAGGUGUUCGGAUCACAAAGAAGAACAUUUGUGAGACGCAGACCAAAUGAAAAGAUGCUGGAGGAGUGCUUGAUGCCAUCUGUCAAGCAUGGUGGAGGCAAUGUGAUGGUCUGGGGGUGCUUUCGUGGUGGUAAAGUGGGAGAUUUGUACAGGGUAAAAGGGAUCUUGAAGAAGGAAGGCUAUCACUCCAUUUUGCAACGCCAUGCAACGCCUCGUACAACGCUGUGUACUACUCCCUUCACAGAACAGCGCAAACUGUCUCUAACCAGAAUAGAAAGAGGAGUGGGAGGCCCCGGUGCACAACUAAGCGAGAGGACAAAUACAUUAGUGUCUAGUUUGAGAAACAGAUGCCUCACAGGUCCUCAACUGGCAGCUUCAUUAAAUAGUACCCGCAAAACAACAGUCUCAACGUCAACAGUGAAGAGGCGACUCCAGGAUGCUGACCUAGGCAGAGAUACCAAAAACUACUCCUAUGUAGAUAUUCCAUUAAAAAUCAGCCGUUUCCAGCUACAAUAGCCAUUUACAACAUUAACAAUGUGUACACUGUAUUUCGGAUCAAUUUGAUGUUAUUUUAAUGGACAACAAAUUUGCUUUUCUUUCGAAAACAAGAACAUUUCUAAGUGACCUCAAACUUUUGAACAGUAGUGUAUAUCCUCAUCAAUCUACACACAAUACCCCAUAAUGACAAAGCGAACAGUUUUUUUUUUUUUUGCAAACAAAACAGAAAUACCUUAUUUACAUAAGUAUUCAGACCCUUUGCUAUGAGACUUGAAACUGAGCUCAGGUGCAUCCUGUUUCCAUUGAUCAUCCUUGAGAUGUUUCUACAACCUGAUUGGAGUCUAGCUGUGGUAAAUUCAAUUUGUUGGACAAGAUUUUGAAAGGCACACACCUGUCUAUAUAAGGUCCCACAGUUGACAGUGCAUGUCAGAGCAAAAACCAAGCCAUGAGGUCGAAGGAAUUGUCCGUAGAGCUCCGAGACAGGAUUGUGUCGAGGCACAGAUCUGGGGAAGGAUACCAAAAACUUUCUGCAGCUUCGAAGGUCCCCAAGAACACAGAGGCCUCCAUCAUUCUUAAAUGGAAGACGUUUUGAACCACCAAGACUCUUCCUAGAGCUGGCCUCCCGGCCAAACUGAGCAAUUGGGGGAGAAGGGCCUUGGUCAGGGAGGUGACCAAGAGCCCGAUGGUCACUCUGACAGACCAUGAGAAACAAGAUUCUCUGUUCUGAUGAAACCAAGAUUGAACUCUUUGGCCUGAAUGCCAAGCGUCACGUCUGGAGGAAACCUGGCACCAUCCCUACAUUGAAGCAUGGUGGUGGCAGCAUCAUGCUGUGGUUAUGUUUUUCAGCGGCAGGGACUGGGAGACUAAUCAGGAUCGAAGGAAAGAUAAACGGAGCAAAGUACAGAGGGAUCCUUGAUGAAAACCUGCUCCAGAGCACUCAGCACCUCAGACUGGGGCGAAGGUUCACCUUCCAACAGGACAAUGACCCUAAGCACACAGCCAAGACAACGCAGGAGUGGCUUCGUGACAAGUCUCUGAAUGUCCUUGAGUGGCCCAGCCAGAGCCCGGACUUGAACCCGAUUUGAACAUCUCUGGUGAGACCUGAAAAUAGCUGUGCAGCGACACUCCCCAUCCAACCUGACAGAGCUUGAGAGGAUCUGCAGAGAAGAAUGGGAGAAACUCCACAAAUACAGGUGUGCCAAGCUUGUAGCAUCAUACCCAAGAAGACUCGAGGCUGUAAUCGCUGCCAAAAGUGCUUCAACAAAGUACUGAGUAAAGGGUCUGAAUACUUAUGUAAAUGUGAUAUUUCUAAUUUGUAUUACAUUAGCAAAAAUGUCUUUAAAAAACAGUUUUUGCUUUGUCUUUAUGGGGUAUUGUGUGUAGAUUGAUGUGGAGAAAAAACAAACAAUUUAAUCAAUUUUAGAAUAAGGCUGUAACGUAAUAAAAUGUCAAGGGGUCUGAAUUCUUUCCGAAUGCACUGUAUGUAUAGAUAGUAUAUAGAUGGUAUAUUGCACCUGAAUGCUCAUGGAUGUGUUCUGUGUUGUGUUCUGCAGCCUAUAGCCAUUGGCAAGGCUGUGUUCCCACUCCGAUGUCUUCUGCAGAGGGAACAGCUGAGUCAGACUAUCAUUCUCCCUGUCCAGAGUCUGCAGGGGACUGGUGAGAGCCAGGACAUCGGCUCCCUCAAGGUGAGCCUGCCUGCCACUGUCCACCAUUUUGUGUACAUCCCAAAUGGCACCCUAUUCCCUUUAUAGUGCCAUACUUUUGAUCAGGGCCCAUAGGGAUUAGGGUUACAUAGGGAAUAGGGUACCAUUUGGGACACUGCCUUUGUUACGUUCAUCAUAUUUAGGAGGUUGUUGACAUGUUGUUGAGUGUAGUGUUGGAAUAUUACUCAUUAUCUCAAUAAAUCUCCCUCUUUGUUUCUCCAGGUGUCACUUGAAUUGGCUGCAGACAACAAAGAUUUCUCAUCAGCCAAUGGUCAAAGGUCAGCUGGAGCUGGUUCCAGAGCCCCCUCCCGUGCCCUGACCAGUCCCCAGAGAGAUGCUAGCCCCUCCAGGGUGGACAUGACGACCAUUAGGCCUCAGCAUCAGGACACAAGAGGGGAGGAUAUUCCUCUAUCUACUGUUACUAAUAGAGAUUCCAGGACGGGAAAAAGACCUGUGGCCCCUCAAGGUCAGUAAAGGAAGAGAACAUGCUCAACUCAAAUCCUCGUGUGUAAACAAAUAAAAGGAGUACUAGGAACCAAAAAUCAGUCACAUAAAUAUUUUUCUUAUUUCCCCACAAGGUCCCUCACCUCUCACCAGCCUCCAGACAUCUCCUCACAGACCUCAGGCCUAUCAGGUGGUGGUGGAGGAGGAGGACAGUGAGGUGCUGCUGCAUGCUUUGCUCAUGGUGCCUAAUGGAAAGGACUUUAACUGUGGACCCAUGCAGCCUCCUAAUGUCUACCUGAACUGUAAGCUCUUUGGCCAGGAUGAGACGUCCAGAUCAGUGACCAGCUGGGGCCAGACAAACCCCUCGUUCAACUUUGUACAGGUAACUGAAGGAACAGAUAAUUUUAUACCCUGUCAGUGUGAUGCAGCUAAGGGCAGAGGAGGCUGGUGGGGUGAGCUAUAGGAGGACGGGCUCAUUGUAAUGGCUGGAAUGGUCUAAAUGGAACGGAGUCAAACAUGUAGUUUCCAUAUGUUUGAUACCGUUCCAUUGAUUCCAUUCCAGCCAUUACAGUGAGCCCGUCCUCCUAUAGCUCCUCCUACCGUCCUCCACUGGCUAAGGGUAUUUAUAACACAGGCAAUGAAAACACCUCCCAAAUGGGCCCUCAGCCUAGUCAAAAGUAGUGCACUAUAAAGGGAAUAGGGUGCCCUUAUAAUGUGAUUAUAUCUGCUUGUUAGAUGUUGAGUUUAAAUACUGUGUUUCUCAGGUGGCUCCUGUGGCCUUGACCUCGAGGCUGUUGGAUAGGAUGAGGAACAAUGUGAUGGUGAUUGAGGUUUGGCAGAGAGCAGGAAGCUCAGGGCAGGAUCGGCUCCUAGGGCUGGUCAAACUACCCCUCCACCAGUUCUACAUGUCCUUCAGGUGAGGGAAGGGUUUCAAAAAGAAUAUCUUGUUAUAACUCACCCUUUGUACUAUAUAUAAAUAAAUCAUAUAAUACCUGUUAUUAUGGAAACAACUACUCAAUGCAAUGUGUUUUUGGUUGAUUCAUUCUUCUUUCUUUUUCAGAGACCCCAAGAUUUCCCACCUUCUGCUGCAAGCUCAGUACCCAGUGUUAGGGGUGGACAGCUACAUGCCAGUCAUUGACGUGUUUUCAGGCAUUAUCAAGGGCAACCUCCGGGUGCUUCUAGCCAUGGGCCUAUCUGGCCAAAUAGUAUCUCUGCAGUGUAUGCGGGAGGAAGAACUUGCCUCUGUGUCUCAUCUCCCAAGACCAGCCCAUUUGCUGGAUCACCAACCACAUAAGGAACAAAAUGUUAUUAACUAUUCUUUUUUUUUUUGUCUUUAAAAUGUUGUUUUUAAUCAAGUUGUUUCAGGAUUUCGCUGCUCAAUGUUAUUCAUACAAGUCCAGGAUUUCAGAUUAAAUUCAAUUACAGAGGUCCUUGUAACAGUUUGAUCCUUGUUAUCCUCCAGGUGAAGCCGUCUCCCGAGGAGUCUAUGAGAGAGCACCUAUUUGUGGUGAAAGUGGAGAGCGUGAAGGGGCUGACACCACUACAGUCUACAGUCUGGGGGGAGGCUGACUGUUAUGUCCAGUACACCUUCCCUACUCAGGAGGAGCCUCCUGCUCAAAGUCUGGACCCAAAUCUUUUAGAGUGCAGUAAGCAAAUAGCUAAUGUUUACAUUUCUUGUCUUUGUCUGUGUCCCACCAUACAGUGAGGGGGAAAAAGUAUUUGAUCCCCUGCUGAUUUUGUACGUUUGCCCACUGACAAAGACAUGAUCAGUCUAUAUAAUUUUAAUGGUAUGUUUAUUUGAACAGUGAGAGGCAGAAUAACAACAAAAAAAUCCAGAAAAACGCAUGUCAAAAAUGUUAUAAAUUGAUUUGCAUUUUAAUGAGGGAAAUAAGUAUUUGACCCCUCUGCAAAACAUGACUUAGUACUUGGUGGCAAAACCCUUCUUGGCAAUCACAGAGGUCAGACGUUUCUUGUAGUUGGCCACCAGGUUUGCACACAUCUCAGGAGGGAUUUUGUCCCACUCCUCUUUGCAGAUCUUCUCCAAGUCAUUAAGGUUUCGAGGCUGACGUUUGGCAACUCGAACCUUCAGCUCCCUCCACAGAUUUUCUAUGGGAUUAAGGUCUGGAGACUGGCUAGGCCACUCCAAUACCUUAAUGUGCUUCUUCUUGAGCCACUCCUUUGUUGCCUUGGCCGUGUGUUUUGGGUCAUUGUCAUGCUGGAAUACCCAUUUUCAAGGCCCUGGCUGAGGGAAGGUGGUUCUCACCCAAGAUUUGACGGUACAUGGCCCCGUCCAUCGUCCCUUUGAUGCGGUGAAGUUGUCCUGGCCCCUUAGCAGAAAAACACCCCCAAAGCGUAAUGUUUCCACCUCCAUGUUUGACGGUGGGGAUGGUGUUCUUGGGGUCAUAGGCAGCAUUCCUCCUCCUCCAAACACGGCGAGUUGAGUUGAUGCCAAAGAGCUCGAUUUUGGUCUCAUCUGACCACAACACUUUCACCCAGUUCUCCUCUGAAUCAUUCAGAUGUUCAUUGGCAAACCAGACAGGCCUGUAUAUGUGCUUUCUUGAGCAGGGGGACCUUGCGGGCGCUGCAGGAUUUCAGUCCUUCACGGCGUAGUGUGUUACCAAUUGUUUUCUUGGUGACUAUGGUCCCAGCUGCCUUGAGAUCAUUGACAAGAUCCUCCCUUGUAGUUCUGGGCUGAUUCCUCACCGUUCUCAUGAUCAUUGCAACUCCACGAGGUGAGAUCUUGCAUGGAGCCCCAGGCCGAGGGAGAUUGACAGUUAUUUUGUGUUUCUUCCAUUUGCAAAUGAUCGCACCAACUGUUGUCACCUUCUCACCAAGCUGCUUGGCGAUGGUCUUGUAGCCCAUUCCAGCCUUGUGUAGGUCUACAAUCUUGUCCCUGACAUCCUUGGAGAGCUCUUUGGUCUUGGCCAUGGUGGAGAGUUUGGAAUCUGAUUGAUUGAUUGCUUCUGUGGACAAGUGUAUUUUAUACAGGUAACAAGGUGAGAUUAGGACCACUCCCUUUAAGAGUGUGCUCCUAAUCUCAGCUCGUUACCUGCAUAAAAGACACCUGGGAGCCAGAAAUCUUUCUGAUUGAGAGGGGGUCAAAUACUUAUUUCCCUCAUUAAAAUGCAAAUCAAUUUAUAACAUUUUUGACAUGCGUUUUUCUGGAUUUUUUUGUUGUUAUUCUGUCUCUCACUGUUCAAAUAAACCUACCAUUAAAAUUCUAGACUGAUCAUUUCUUUGUCAGUGGGCAAACGUACAAAAUCAGCAGGGGAUCAAAUACUUUUUUCCCUCACUGUAUACCCUAUAUAGUGCACUGCGUUUGACCAGGGCCCUUUGUCUCAAUGUUAUAAUAGUUAGCACUGCACUAAAAUGUUUCUUGUUCUAGCCUUGAAUACACAUUUAUCACGUUUGACAUGAGGGUUUGAGGUUGUCUGUUUGUCCUCUGCUAAUGUACUGUCCGUUUCUCUCCUCUCUAGGUGUGAAUCUGAGGCAGUUCCGUACCACCACUACCCUGUGUGUUCCUGACCCAGUGUUUGGCCACAGUGAGAGCCAUGUGCUGCUGGCUCCUGUAGGAGUCCCAGUCCAGAGACUGCUCCUCAGCUCCUUCUCCAGCCAGGGACUGACCAACGGAGGAGGCAUCCUGUUUGAAGUGUGGUGCAGGUCAGUUUGUGAGCCCUGUUCAAAAGUAGUGCACUAUAUAAGGAAUAGGGUGCCAUUUGGGACAUCAUCUGUGAUGUCUUUCCUGACCACUAGAGGCCAGUAUACACAAUGUAACAUUGUUUUUGCCUUGUCCAGAUCUGUUUCUGUUCUUGUCAACUCAAUUGCUGUCAUUGUCAAGCCAUGUUUGGCAUGACAAUGAGUGACAAGUUGACAUGAUAGCACAAACAGAUUGGCACUCAAGCUUCCAUUGUUUAUUUUAGACUUCACUUUAACACAAUUUAGUGGUGGCUUAAUAUAAUUUAUUUGACCCACCUUUGCAGGUACUAUUACCCAAAUGUCCGCGACCAGCUGGUGGCUAAAGGGAUGCUGCCCCUGUCCAAGCUGUGUGCCAUGGUGACCAUGCAGAGACAACAGCCCACUGAAGCCCAGGUCUUCUCCCUUCCGCUGAUGCCCAGGACUGACAGCCCUGCUGGACGCCAACCUCAGCCCUCAGGUAACACACACGCACACCGUUUAUCAAAGGCACUCCUUUUGGCAAUGCUGUACUGUAGUUACAGAACCUGAAAUCAAUACACUUUUCAGAUUUCUUACAUUUGUUCAGUAUUUGAUCAGUUAACUUUGUAUGUACUCUCCAAGGAUUGCUUGAUGUGUAUGUUCAUUACAAACAACGUCCGUUGAGCUCUGAUGUAAGGGGGGCGGUUGUCUCUCGGGUGGUGACCAUGGUGGUUCAGGUGCACAGGGCAGCAGGACUACAGGCAGCAGCAAGGUACCUCCAUGUCUCCCUCUCUAUUCCAAUCAUCUCUAUUCUGAAUAUUUUGUUUAAUUUUAACUUUAUUUUAAACAGGGAUGACGUAUUGAGACCUAGGUCUCUUUUCCAAGUACGCCCUGUUAAAUACAAUAUAAAUAAAUACACAUUAUACCCCCCUCACACACACAUUAAAAUACAAAAACACAGUCAUGGUGAGCACAAAUAAAACUUCACAAAUCACCCAGAAAACAGUUACAUUCCUCCACAAAUAAGUUCACAAUCAAUACUUUAAAUUGCCCGAACGGCACCAGACCAUCAAGAUUAAAUGUAUUUUUUAUUUUGUUCAAGAAAUACAGUGAAUUAAAACUAAAAGCAGAUUUUCCUAGCUCGGUGGAGAACCUAGGAACCUUGAGUUAACCAAUCCUGUGAAUGGGUUAGGCAACUCAAGUGUCUAUACUUCAACAGCAAAAUUAGAUAAGACGGAAGUUUAUGAAGUAGGGCCUUGUAAAUAAAAAAGGAGUAAGUCCAGCCAACGUUUUGAUGCAGUGAUGAGUAUGAAAACUGUCACCUUUAACAAAACGAAGGGCACUAUGGUAGAUGGCAUCCAAAGGUUUAAGAGUAGUAGGAGCUGCACUAUGAUAAAUAUUCACUGCAUUUCAAUCAAAUUUGUUUUAUAAAGCCCUUUUUAUAUCAGCAGUUGUCACAAAGUGCUUUACAGUAACCCGGCCUAGUGCUUUACAAUACAUUUGCAUUCACACUCAAUUUGUUUCUAACAAACAUACACUCCUACAGGGCUUUGUCAGAGCAAGAUGAAAUGUUCCAGUACUAUGCUGAUGUUGGGGUGAACGUGUACGUUACUGCCCAGCUCUCCUUCCUGCCUGAGAGUGAGAGGCGCAGUACCCGUGUGUCCGCCAGGACCUUCUGCCCAGAGUUUGACCACCACACCGAGUUCCCCUGUGAACUGCAGGUGAUGGAGCUCACAUGAUGUAGAUGAAUGCUUGUAUUGUUGUCACACACGUUUUCCUAUGGGACAAUAAAACAUGAAUGAAUGAAUUCAUUCAUUGGUUCAUGCAGGUCCAGAGGGGCUCUGGGGAGACCUGCAGCCUGGCUGAGCUCCUGCAGGAGGCCACAGCUGUCUUCACUGUCUGGAAUAGAGACAGUCGCAAGGGUGAGGAAGCAGCUGCAAUGGGGUUUAGUCAUACAAUCAGAAUACUGUCUGCAUGAAUUAUUUUAUUUAUAAAUGUAUUUAUUGGGUGCAAUUGUAAACAAAAGCCAUAUCAGACAUUAAUAUAUCCAAUUGACAAUCAUUGGUUCACUGCAGCUCAAGUACUCGAUCCUACAAGUUAUAUAUUAACGUCAAUUGUUACAAGGAAAUGUUAUUAUACAAUGUAAUUUCACCGUUUGCUCAUCUUCCUAAUGUAACACUGAUGGAAACUUGAUCCAAUGUGAUUUAUGUAUUUAUGCAUUUUGUUUUAUUACUGCAGUGAUGGUCAGCCCAAGAUCAAAGAAUACUCUGUUGGGUACAGUGAGAAUUCAGCUGGCUGAUCUCAUCCAUAAAAGAACAGGUCCAGUAUGCUGUGUAAUACAGUCAGUCAGUGCUGUUAUAAGGUCAGUGGGACAGUCUUUACCAACCAACAGACUGCUUAACAGUACAGUAUGUGUUGUGAAUUCCCAGGUAUCAGUGGGUGGUUUGGAGUGUCUCUGCCUCAGGACCUGACCUCAUCUCCCAGACAUCACAUAUUCGUGGGCGGCCUGGACGUCUCCAUCUACUUUGCCCACCAUGCAGAUAGAGAGAGGGUCAUCACUGCCGCCCGGGGCCUGGGCUGGGAGGUGGGCAGGGAGGAGGGGGUGGAGGAGGAGGAAGAGGAGCCACCCAACGAGGGAGAGGCGUGGGCUGAGACUCGGAGGACCGUGUCCCUCACCGUGUCUAUGCCCAGAGCCUGGCUGCCUGUCCACUGUCUCCUCCUGCCUGGACACAGCGAGCUGCAGCGCUCCACCUACUGCUACUUUAGAUAUAAACUCUACGACGGAGAGGCCUUCUGCUCCCAGCUCAGACACCCUGGUCUGUCUGUGGAGGAGGAUGGAGGUGGAGGGGAGGAGGGCCUGGCCACGGUGGCCUUCAGAGGAAGCAGGACAGUGGAGCUGAGGAGCAGCCAGCCCCUGCUGUGGUACCUCCGGGAGGAGAAGCUGGAGGUGCAGGUGUGGGUGGCCUUUGGGAAGGUCAGGAGACCUAGGCCUCAUGACAUGGACCGGCUGGUGGGCUCAGCCUUUGUGGACCUCUCCUCCCUGGCCAAGAUGGCAAGGCACAAGCUGAAUCUCAGUGGUACGUAAUACUAAUAAUACAUUUUAAUAAAAAAUAAUACAUUUUAUUUGCUCCUUUCAAGAUGCUCAAGGACACUAGCAGAGUUAAAUAGAAAAAAAGUACUAAAUAGCACAGUAUUGAUAUAACUAACAGUCAAUGACGACCUCGAACUAAUCAAUGACUAUCUAGCCUUUGUAAAUGCUAUGUUGUAAUAUAAUGUUACAUAAGGGUCGUCAGUAACACACCUGUGUUUUGUUUGUGUAGGUGUGUACCCCCUGUUCAGGCGCUCCGCCCCAGAUCUGAGUGGAGCUGCUCUGAGGGUUCACAUCACCCUGACCCCUGGAUCCCUCCCAGAGGAGCAGACACCUGGAGGAGGGGACAGCCAGGACCAGGAGGACUGUGACAGCCAGAGAGAGGAGGAGGAGGGAGGGCAGGGAGGCCCCUCAUCCACAGCAGCUGUGUCCAGACAGUCUGGAACACCCAGCAGGCACCAGACCAAGUCCUCCAUGAGUGUAGAGCCUUCACAGCCCUGUGAGGUCAGCAUGGAGGACACUUUCACUGUCACCAUCACUGUGGACAGAGCCAUGCACCUCAGUCUUAAAGGUACACAUAGGCUACUUCCCAAAUGGCAUCCUAUUCCCUAUUUAGUGCACUACUUUUGACUAUUGUGUAGGGCUCUGAUCAAAAGUAGUUCACUAUAUAGGGAAUAGGGUGCCAUUUGGGACGCAUCCCUUCCAGUAGGGUCAUCCAUUUUGAUUGUUUCCUUUAACAUCUUGUUGAUGAGUCUGAUGGUUGUGAGUGUUGUGUUGUCUCCUUGGCAGGCUGUCCUCUAGCUGAGCGUAGUGGAGGGCUGCCUAGUUGUUGUGUGUCCUACAUCACGGCUGACUCUGCUGAACCAGUCACCACAGCUCUCAUAGCAGACAGUCACUGCCCCGUCUGGGACCACCAGCAGGAGUGCAGGUAGACUACCUUUGUACCAUCUAUAGCUUACUUCAGAGUUUUAGACAACACACAGGGGUUAAAGUUCUCCGUCACUGAGAUGGAUUUCCGUCAUAUGGAUUCUUUUAAAACAUUUGGUCAAAACUCAGUUUAAUACAUGUACAAAAUGAUCCUCUUUCCAUAAAACCCUGAUGGUCUCAGACAAUCGAUCUGAGAUCGACUUGUCAUGGGUAGAGCUGGGACGAUAAAUCAAAAAUAAUUAACACCAACCAUACCAAUCACUUUAUCGCAGGCAUUUAGCUGAUAUCGUUCAUUACGAUAAGUAGACUAUACUAGAGAAAUGUGAAGUUCGAUAAUAAAGGAUUAUUGUAAUAAACUGUGGUGCACAUUAAUGUUAUAAAUGUAUUGUUCUAUUUAUCAUUAUCACAUCAAUUCAGGCAAUUUAUCGCAAAAUUGAUUUUUGGGGGGGAUAUCGCCCAGCUCUGCUCAUGGUAUUUAUUUUUGUUUUAACCCCUGCAACACAUACUGUUUAUGUAAUAUUCAGGUUUAAUGGGCCCAAAGAUGUAAAGGUUAUCAAUCCAUAUUAAUGGUUGUUUGGAUGAUUAUGAACAAAUGUGCUGUUGAGAUUAUUGGAACAUGCUUAGUUGAGAACACCCUCAGUCAGACCAUGUCACGCUGAACUAAUAUACUGUUUGAUAAUCACAGGCUGUCAAAGCAACUUCUUCUGGAUCCACAACAGUCCCUGGUGUUCAAAGUCUGGCACAAAGGAGGUACAGUGCAGCAAUGUAGUAACACACAGUAAUACUCUAGCUAACAGCCAACAAUUCUUGAAGGGGAUAAAGUUAGUGUUGUUUUAAUGUUUAAUGCACUUCUUCAUUGGUCCUGUGUCUUGUUAGAUGUGGAGCGGGUGAUUGGGUUUGCCUCAGUAGACCUGUCCCCUCUCCUGUCAGGCUUCCAGUCAGUGUGUGGCUGGUACAACAUCACUGACUUCAAUGGCCAGUGCCAGGGCCAGCUCAAAGUGUCUGUCUCCCCACUGAAGGGAGUCCAGGAGCUGCGGGGUCAGAGACAAGCUGUGUGUGAAGAUGGCAACAAAGACUCCUCAGUGAGUACAGCAGUGGCUGUUACUGUUAGUCUGACCCUGAGAUGAGCAAAACUGUAUUAGGUUCUUCCUAAAGCAACUUAGCAUUUAGUAUGUAGGUAAGUAGCCUUCUCUGAGCCAGAAUGGCUCAUAGCAGUCACAAAAGGAUUUGAGUGCAUCAGUGUUUUGUACUACUUCAAUAUCUUUGUGGGUUUAACAGCCGUGGUGCGUGUGUUUAUUUGGCAGGCUCUGUUCCAGACUCUCCCCCUCUACUACCACACCACAGCCACAUACAGCAGCUUCCCCUCCCACAUCAGCCGCUACACAGAGCAGAGAAUCAACUCCACACCCGACCGUCUAGACAGGCUGCUGUCAGAAAGGUACUCUAGGGCUUGUCUCUCUAGCUCUGUCCCUCACAAUUCUUUCUUUAACAUGCAAGAAAUCAGUUUCAAUGAGAUGCAACAUAAAGUGUAUGGUAUCAUACAAACCUACCUGAAAUUCACUUUGGAGAACCACUUCAACAAAUGUAAUGGUGUUACCUUUUUUUCUUCCUGCUAUCCCCCUCCUCCUCCUCCCCCCCACUCUCCCCCUUUCUGCUCUCCCCCUAAUCCUCCUGCUCUCCUUCUCCUCCUGCUCUUCCCCUCCUCCCCAAUGUCUCAGGUCCAGUGAGGGUGACCGGCAUGAUGUGCACAUGGACAAGGUGCGACUGUACCACCAGAGUCUUCAUGAGGGGGGAGUGGGCCGACCCACCAGUGCUGCUGCAGGGGACGCCCAUCCCUCCAGCUCUGUUCUGUUCUCAGCACUCAGGUACUGUGCCUCCAUCCAUAAGAAUCUGGCACCCUAUUCCCUAUGUAGUGCACUACUUUUGACCAUGGCCCAUAGGGCAGGACUGUGUUUACUGUAUGCCCACACAGAAAGUGUCACCAAUGUAACUUUUCAAUAAGGAAUAUGCUUGUUGUGUUUUUUCCAGGAAAAACCUAAGUGAGUUGGAUGAUAUCCAGAGGUACUUCAGCCGUAAGCUGUCCACCCCUACCUUCCCCUCUCUGAGUGAGCAGGGCCAGGACCAGCGCUCCAGACUGGACGAGCACAGGGACUCAGACACAGACUCCUCCCAGCUCCUCCUCAAGUCCACCCGCCUGGUUGGGGAGGUUAACAACCUCAUCAGUGGUGAGAUGCUCAUACUUCUCCUGAUUGGUCCCAAAUGGCACCCUAUUCCCAUAGGGCUCUGUUCAAAAGUAGUGCACUAUAUAGGGAAUAGGAUCCGAUUUGGGUUGCAUACCUAUUCAAAGGGUGUCCAAAAUAUGUUCCUUCAUGUCUAAGUCUUGGAGAUUGCCUUGUUAAUACAUUGUUAUUAUACUAUUAUUACAGUCAGGCCACUCAACACAUCCCUUUCCUUUCUCCAGGUCUACAGGGACAUCAUUGCUUGGAGACAAUACCUUCUAGCCCCCAAAGCAGCUCAACAACUCCCCCUGUUCCAGAUGACCACCUUCUGCCUGAGGGCUCUGAAACAUUCCCCCAGAGUGCUCCAUGUUCCCAUAAAGCAUCCGGCUCCCCCCAGGAGGACUUGUCUCCUGUCCCUUCACCUGUACCAUGUACGUGUCAGGAACACAGUGAUUCUCAGGCUGAUGAAGAAGAUGACAAGGCCCCUGCAUCUGAAGAUGAUGAAGGGGGAGGUCCCAGAGAGGAGGAGGAGGAGGAUGGAGAUUAUGAGGAGACAGUGGUGGAGCCCAGGCCUCUGAAUGAGGUUACAUCUCUAACAGACAGAACCAGCCCCUGGACCAGCCUGCUGUCAGACCCAGACCUAGCCUCUCUGGAGAGUCUGGAGGCACCAGAGGAGCACCAAGCCUCGGACUACUCCUACCAGCCCAGCCUCACCCAACAGGAGAGGGAGAGGUUAGGUCUGCAGACUGACACCCUGCAGGCUUGGAGCUUUGGUGAGCCCAUAGGCAGCAGACUAGAGGAGAGGGAUCAACAUGUUAACUCUGAGUUCUCUCAUGGACCAGACACAGACGAGGAGGAAGACACGGUUAAUGAUGGUGAGAGGACACUCCAAACCUCUGACCAUGAGGCAGCACUACAUCAGGAGUCCAUCACUGCUCCUCUACAUGAACAGUCCUUAUUGUGUAGUGGAGAGACUGCUAGCAGGGUUCCUGUUGACAGAGAUGCUCUGUCAGAGGAUGAGAUCCCCGGGUUGUUGUACGACACAGCUGCUUUCUCAGAAGAUGACACAGAACAUGUCGUUGGCAUGUCUGACAUAUAUCAGCCAGAAACAUUCCUACACAGAGAAGACAACAGGAAGUCGAAACAGUAUCCUUACAUUGUCAGCGUUGUUUUCUUACCUCUCUUUGUUAUUCUAACUGUUUAGCUGAAGCUGAGUUUCAUUGAUAUAAUGUUUACAGUUUUAACAUGGACCCAAGAAUAAAUACAGUACGUGCAUGCUUGGUUUUUGCUUGUUCCUUAACUGCCUCUUGUCCAGCUCUGACCCUGUGGAGAUCCCUAAUUUCUUCCUCUCAUCUCACCACAUGGAGGCUUCUAUGAGAGCUCUACGCAUAGCACCAGUUUUCCCCCUGGCAUCUUCUGACCCAGUAAGUACAGUACCAGCCCUCUCCCCUCCUCUUUCUCUCUCUGCCUCAAUCGCCUUUUUCUUCUGCUUCUGGGAUGAGCCUGAAUAUGCUAUUAUAGCAGGGUUUUGCAAGUCUAGACAUGAGUAACUGAGACACAGAUCAACAUUUAUUAUGCUGUAAGAUGAUCGAUCGUAAGACUUAUUCACUCUCGUUGCAUUUUCGAGCCAUGGGUUACAGAAUAUUGUCAUUCAUUCUAUCAGGCACGUGUAUGGAGCACACUGCUGACUAAUAAGGAAACUGCCAGCGUUGCUCUACAGUCUUGAAAUUGCCAAGUCAUCAUCUUCCAGUGCUAAUAUCCUGUCAUACCAAUGCUAAAGGAGGACAUACACUGCUCAAAAAAAUAAAGGGAACACUAAAAUAACACAUCCUAGAUCUGAAUGAAUGAAAUAAUUUUAUUAAAUACUUUUUUCUUUACAUAGUUGAAUGUGCUGACAACAAAAUCACACAAAAAUUAUCAAUGGAAAUCCAAUUUAUCAACCCAUGGAGGUCUGGAUUUGGAGUCACCCUCAAAAUUAAAGUGGAAAACCACACUACAGGCUGAUCCAACUUUGAUGUAAUGUCCUUAAAACAAGUCAAAAUGAGGCUCAGUAGUGUGUGUGGCCUCCACGUGCCUGUAGGACCUCCCUACAACGCCUGGGCAUGCUCCUGAUGAGGUGGCGGAUGGUCUCCUGAGGGAUCUCCUCCCAGACCUGGACUAAAGCAUCCGCCAACUCCUGGACAGUCUGUGGUGCAACGUGGCGUUGGUGGAUGGAGCGAGACAUGAUGUCCCAGAUGUGCUCAAUUGGAUUCAGGUCUGGGGAACGGGCGGUCCAUAGCAUCAAUGCCUUCCUCUUGCAGGAACUGCUGACACACUCCAGCCACAUGAGGUCUAGCAUUGUCUUGCAUUAGGAGGAACCCAGGGCCAACCGCACCAGCACAUGGUCUCACAAGGGGUCUGAGGAUCUCAUCUCGGUACCUAAUGGCAGUCAGGCUACCUCUGGCGAGCACAUGGAGGGCUGUGCGGCCCCCCAAAGAAAUGCCACCCCACACCAUGACUGACCCACCGCCAAACCGGUCAUGCUGGAGGAUGUUGCAGGCAGCAGAACGUUCUCCACGGCGUCUCCAGACUCUGUCACGUCUGUCACAUGUGCUCAGUGUGAACCUGCUUUCAUCUGUGAAGAGCACAGGGCGCCAGUGGCGAAUUUGCCAAUCUUGGUGUUCUCUGGCAAAUGCCAAACGUCCUGCACGGUGUUGGGCUGUAAGCACAACCCCCACCUGUGGACGUCGGGCCCUCAUACCACCCUCAUGGACUCUGUUUCUGACCGUUUGAGCAGACACAUGCACAUUUGUGGCCUGCUGGAGGUCAUUUUGCAGGGCUCUGGCAGUGCUCCUCCUGCUCCUCCUUGCACAAAGGCGGAUGUAGCGGUCCUGCUGCUGGGUUGUUGCCCUCCUACGGCCUCCUCCACGUCUCCUGAUGUACUGGCCUGUCUCCUGGUAGCGCCUCCAUGCUCUGGACACUACGCUGACAGACACAGCAAACCUUCUUGCCACAGCUCGCAUUGAUGUGCCAUCCUGGAUGAGCUGCACUACCUGAGCCACUUGUGUGGGUUGUAGACUCCGUCUCAUGCUACCACUAGAGUGAAAGCACCGCCAGCAUUCAAAAGUGACCAAAACAUCAGCCAGGAAGCAUAGGAACUGAGAAGUGGUCUGUGGUCACCACCUGCGAAACCAGUCCUUUAUUGGGGGUGUCUUGCUAAUUGCCUAUAAUUUCCACCUGUUGUCUAUUCCAUUUGCACAACAGCAUGUAAAAUGUAUUGUCAAUCAGUGUUGCUUCCUAAGUGGACAGUUUGAUUUCACAGAAAUGUGAUUGACUUGGAGUUACAUUGUGUUGUUUAAGUGUUCCCUUUAUUUUUUUGAGCAGUGUAGUUACUAGUAGGUCACUAUGUGCCAUUCCUCGUCCAGCUUGGCUCUAGACAAGUAAAGGGGACCAGUAUAGGAGUCACACAGAGUGCACCAGUCUAGACCAGUCUAGUGACUGCACGAACUGAGCCAGUCUAGACCAGUCUAGUGACUGCACGAACUGAGCCAGUCUAGACCAGUCUAGUGACUGCACGAACUGAGCCAGUCUAGACCAGUCUAGUGACUGCACGAACUGAGCCAGUCUAGACCAGGCUAGUGACUGCAAGAACUGAGCCAGUCUAGACCAGUCUAGUGACUGCACGAACUGAGCCAGUCUAGACCAGGCUAGUGACUGCAAGAACUGAGCCAGUCUAGUGACUGCACGAACUGAGCCAGUCUAGACCAGUCUAGUGACUGCACGAACUGAGCCAGUGCAGCAGCUAAUAGUAUAAGAGGCCACUGCCUGCCUUAAAAUAUAGAUCUGGGGUGGGGGCUUUUAUCAUGAGAGGAACUGUCCUUUCUGCCCUGAGGAUUGACCCAACUAUUUAGCAGUGGGGGGGAUCUCUCUCAAAUUGUUUGCGUUGCUAUUGAGCUAAGGAGAAAAUAACCAUUAGGCUCAUCUCUAGAGAGAGGGAGAGACUCAGGGCGCUCCGCAUGUCAUUGGCUGAAAUAUCAUAAAACAAGAACCCCUGAGUGUCUUUCUGUCUCAACGAUGUGUUGAACUUUAACUGUGAGGUCACAGUCACUGGGCAGUCUGGCUAUGGGAGAUUUAGGUCUACUAUUUGUGAGAAAUCAACAUUUAUCAUUAAUAGCUCAGGAGUUGUUGUUCUAAUGAGAAUAAUCAUUCGGUUUUGGCUCAUAACUCAGUUCAACAGCUUAAAUAACUAAAGGGCAACUGUGGUGAUAGGGAGGUAUGCCUGCCUGUCCGGGCCCCUGCGUCAGACUGGCAUGUAUCCAGUUUCAAGAAGGGGGUGUGGAGGUGCAGUUGUUUAUCACGCAAUGGGACUACAGAGUUCGCAGGACAUGUCAGAGAAAACUGGUUCCUGCUAGUCACUCUGUGCUAAUAUUAAAACAAACAUCUGACCAGCCCUUUUAAGUGUAGAGCUCAGCGUGAUUGAUCACAUAUUUGUACGUAUUUGACCAAUGUGGGGCUGGUUCCGUUUUGAUGGAGAAAGGACUGACUCAUUGACACACAAUGGUAGACAUUUAAUUAUUUGCAUUAUCAUGUUUUUUUUAUCUCCAUUUAAAGCUUAAUGGUGAAUGUUGUUUGCUUGCAAACUAAGAACAAUAUGCCAGUUUCUAUGCUAAACAAUAGAUUGAAUCUCAUUUUUACAGAAAAAGAGCUCUCUUAGACAUGGGAUUCUCUGUCGGCGCGUUCCUCGUCCCAGGCCCAAUAUACCACCGUCGUCCAUGAAGAAAGAAGAGACCAAGAGAAUAGCAAAGAUAUUUGCAUCUCAUUUUAAAGACUAACAUUAGCACUUUCUCUAAAUGCUAUUUGAUAUUGUGUGUCGUGCUGUAUAUAAGGUUGAGUGUAUGUUUUCUAAAGGUUUAUGAAUGACCACAUCUUGAUUACAUAAGUGGCAGCUCAUGGACAGUGCUUUCUAAUUAUGUAAAGAAUAUGUACAUUUAAUUUAAAUACUGUUUUUCUAUUGUUUUUAUAAAUUAAAUGGUUUGCCAGUGUAACUGAUGUUUUUUUAAAUGUAUUAUUACUGUGUGCACCAAUGAUCACUGAUGUGGGAGACUCCCAUAGCCUUUUAAGGAUUAUUGUCACGGGGAAAACAUUUUGUCAAGUAGUCAACAGGGUAUCAAGUGUUGACACCUGCCCAGUUUAAGAUUUAAGUCAUUUAGCAGUUGUCCUUGUUUUUCCAACAAAGUGAUGAACAGUUUGUUCUUAGUGACGUCACCUUUGUUUGGAUUUCAGCAGCUGUCAGGGUUAGUGGGCUAGUGUUAGGAAAUGUAUGUAAUAGGGCUACAUUGUUCUAUUCUCUGCGUCACCAGGCAGUCACACACUAUUCACAAGACACUUAUUUUCCUGAAACCAGGAGACUGUAGGAACUUCUGACUGAAAACAUGCACUAGCUCAGGCACACAGCCUCUCAGGGACAUGUAUGGAUUGGCUGAGUGGAUGGGUGCAUGGGUGUUUUAGAAAAAUAUAUAAUUAUGGAGUGUUACAUAGUUAUUAUAGUCUAAUUUAGGUCAGCACUAUUUCAACAAGUCUUAUUGCCUUGGCUCCCUGCUGCAAUGAAAUUCAUUGGAUGUGAGACCUUUUGAGUUUAGGACAACUCUACUGUAUCUUGCAUAUCGGUUGGUCAGUGUUACUGAAAAUGACCAAUUACAUAAUAAAUGAUGUAUGGAAGAGUCUUGCAUUUUUCCACAGAUAUAAUUAAAUGCAUGUUUUUUUAAGGUUCAACAGAACAUUGACUGUUGUAAACUGUGAGACUGACUGACAUAAUGUUGCAUAAUGUCUUAUACUCCCAAAAGGGAUACAU